GCCGCGCGCCCACACGGCAUGCCGCACCAGCGCCCGCAGAGAUGAGCGAACGGGGUGGGGAUGCGGACAGCAGCUCGUGCUCGGAGCCCAGCUCCGGCACAGAGGCGGAGGAUAUGGCAGCACUCACCGCAGAUGUGCGCAGCCUCAAGGAGGCGCUCGCCAGCCUGCGACACGCCAUCGCGCCCGCCUCCGGCUCCACCAACGCCGUGGAUCGGGAGAGCCAGCGCGUGGAGGCGCACGCGUGUGUGGGCGAGGUGACUCGCAUCCUGCGAGCCGUGCUGGACAAGUAUCCCGCCAUGCAGUCCGCGCGGCUGCUCGCCGCUGCCGGUGCGCUCGUGCAACAUAUGAAAGGUUUUGACUUCGAAAGUAACAACUCAGAGCCCAAAGAAUUCUUCGAGUGCAUUGAUCAGUUGGCCCUAGCAUUCAGCAGUCGGGUUUCCGAAUAUCUAAUGGGUGACCUGGAUGCUCCAGGUGCCUCACCUGCAAAUCGGAGUCUCAGCAGAGCAAAGUCGCUGGAGGACGUGCGGGACGGGGACUCCGGCGGCGGGGCGCUGCUGAGCGCGCGGCGGCUGCAGGCGCAGCUCCGUGGGGAGCGGGUCGUGCCGCAGCUGCUGCAGCGCGCCAAGGCGUGGGCGCGGCACGCCAAGGAGCUGGCCGCCUACGUGCACAAACGCUCCUACCUGCACGCCGAGUACGCCAAGGGGCUGGCCAAGCUGGCGCAAGCCCUGCGCCCUGCGCUGCACCAAGCCAGUAAUCUCCCUUUCCAGUCUGAGUAUUCGACGGCGCUGGACCACGACGUAGAGCUGUGUAACAACAGCCAGACGGUCUGCUGUCAGUUGGAGAAGAAGUACGUGCAGGCGCUGACGGACCGCCGGUCGGAGCACGAGCGCGUGCGCAAGCAGCUGAAGGCGCGCUGGGCCCGCGAGGUGGCGCGAGCGCUCGCCGCCGCCGCAGCCGCAGCCGCCGCCUGCCUGCCCGACGACGAGAUGUACGAGGCAAACGCGAGCUGCAGGGCCAGCGUCGCUGAGGCGAAUGAAUGCUACCAACAAUUACAAAGGACCAAGAAUGAAAUUCUACAGCAGGGGCAAGAGUUGAUGGUGGAAAGUGACAGAGUCCUCAAAACCGCCACAGUGUCUUACUUCGAAUCUCAGCAGUCCCUCGCAGCACCCCUACCCGCACAGUUCCAGGAGCUGUGUGGACGGAGCGCCUUGUACGAGCCAGGAGCACACUAUGCAGAGCUGGCCAAGAACCCUGCAGACUGUGAGGAGGAGCUACUGGAGGAUCCGUUCAUGUUCCAGCUUUUCUACUCGCCGCACAGCAUGAUCGAGGUCGAGCGCAAGUCAACGGGCUCCAUCGAAAGUGAAGAUAUGUACCAAGAUUCUUCUCUCUUCGAGCCAGACACUAAGCAGUCGAAAGCUGCUCUGACACACAAUUUUCGCUCUCUGAGGACACCUGGCCGUUGCCGAGAAUGUGAUUCGUACGUCUAUUUCAUGGGUGUGGAAUGCAUAGAGUGUGGAAUGGUGUGUCACAAGAAGUGCGUUGUCGGGCUUUCUAUCACGUGUGGUCAUCGCCGUCUGCCUCGCAAAGUACCAGUGUUCGGAACAGACUUGAAUAACUACUUGUCAGAAACGGCACACCUCAUUCCGUUUAUUAUCUGUAAGUGUAUCGAUGAAAUAGACGCCCGUGGUCGGCAGUCAAAGGGCAUCUACAGGGUGUCUGGAGUGAAGACAAAAUUGGAUAAGCUGUGCAACGCUUUUGAAAUAGGUGGGGACCUUGUUGACCUCUCGGAUAUUCAUCCAAAUGUGAUCGCAGAUGUGCUGAAGAUUUACCUACGGCAGCUCCCCGAGCCGCUGUUGUCCUUCAAGCUCUAUCCAGAUUUUGUGAGGCUGGCCAAAGAAUUCGCUUCUGACGAAGACCUCGACCGGGCGCGGUGCGUGCAGAGCUUCCGGGAGCUAGUGGCGCGGCUACCCAAGUCCCACUAUCUGACCCUGGCGGCGCUCAUGCUGCACCUCAAGAGGGUGGCCGACGAAGCGGACGUCAACAACAUGCCCGCCAGCAACCUGGGCAUCGUGUUCGGCCCCACGCUACUGCGCCCAGACGAAAGCAUGCCAUCCAUGAACUCUCUGGUCGAUACUGCGCAGAAUUCGCGCGCGGUGGAGCUGAUGAUCCGACUGAGCGACGAGCUGUUCAGCAGCGAGGAGGUGUGGGAGGCGCGCCAGAAGCAGCUCAAGAUGCGAGAGCGGCUGGCGCAGGCGCAGGCGCAAGCACAGGCGCAGCAGAAGACGGCCCGCGGCGGCUCCUUCCGGCUGCCCGGCACCUCGCGCUCCCACCACGAGCCCGACGCCAAGCCGCGCCCCAAGCCGGACCCGCCGCCGCAGCCGCCGCCUCAGCAGCAGCAAUCUCACCCUGGAAACGACAUGGCUCCAUACGAGUUCCCAUACUUCGUGGACAUGGACCUCGCGACGGUGUCACAAAUUCACAGAAGCGACUCCACACCAAAGAUAUUCAAAGGUUCACUUAAGGACUACCAAGGACUCGAAGGGCUGUUGGGGGACCGGUCGCACAAGCUGGUGCACGAGCUGCUCAGCGAGGAGAAACGCUCGCAGUCAGAUGCGGCGCCCAGCGACCAGUCCCUGGCGCGCAACGACUCCUUCUCCAGCGCUGGCAGCGCCCUCAACUCGGAUGAAAAGGCCAACUACAUUCCGCAGCUGCACAAACAGAUCCGCGUAUCGCUGUCGCUGAGUAACGCGUCCUACUCGGACCAGACGACGUCCAAGAGGCAGCAGAAGAGGAGCAUGAGCACUUACGGCAAGACGGCAUUCCAGAGCACGGAGGCGGUUUCCAGCAAGGUGUCCGUGUCCAAGGUAGAGCACGAGGGCAAGCUGGAGCGCGCCUGCAGCUACCGCCGGCGCACGCUGCAGAGGUUCGACGCGUCGGCCGCCGGCUCCGCGCCGCCGCCGGGCGCCACAGAUUACUUCCCGCUGACCCUCACAGACCUCAACGACAGCAGCUCGGGUAGUGAGGACGCACACAAGCCUCGCCGAUACCCCUAGCACAGGCGCCCCCUUUCCUACCACUCUGGGGGCAAAAGAUAGGCCGACGAGUCAAAUGAAAGUGAGCCACGGCCUUGUUUUAUACAUUUAGAGCGCGACCGACGGAAGGGUAUGCAAUGACAAAGUAGUGCCGCGUUUUUCUUUAAAAGGGCAGCUCUUCACGUUUCACAGAAUAUGAAAACAAAAGAACUAUGUACAGUCGUGGACAAAACGAGCGAGACCCCUCGCCUUUUCGUUAUGCUGAUCCGUACAGCUUUAAAGUCUGCUACACAGCAUAACAGGCAAGGCGGCGAAGUACUACCAACAUACUAUGCACAGGUGUGGAAUUGACAAACUAUCUUAACUUUGUCAGACUGUUUUCAAUCAUGUGUAAGACUCUAAUAAUACUGAUUAGUGUAUUAAACACAACUCGUAAAUACAAUAUGUAAAUGAAAGAAGAAACGCUAAUCAAUAUGAAAUGUACUAAUAAAAGGGAAUUUUAGCUUAUCGAGAUAACACAACUGUUCCAGUAAGACAAAGUACCCCAGAUCGUUACGAAUUAGCAUAAUAUUAUGCACAUUCGGCCGCAAAACGGUUUAUGUCAACUUUCAGACCAGUCAUAGUGGAUUACCGUUGCUGACCUACCUUGAAAGUGUACAAAUUUAGCAAUGCGUGAAGAUUCAUAACGAAGUUAGUUAAAACUGAUUCAGUGCCACACGUAAGUCAAUUCAGUUAUUGACAGAAGCGGAAAAAGGAAGGCAGUAACAAGUAUGAAAUUCUACAAGAGUUUCAUAUUGACAUCCACAGGGCGCCAGUACAGAAUAAAGGUAGAAAUACAACGUAUUGGGGGCGCGGGAAUUUCUUAAAAUUGCUUUACUGAUAGACUAUCUGCCUCCAUAGAGAUUAGAACCGAAAACAAAGCAGACCUCCCUUGCAGUAGCAAACACCUUUCACUACGCUAGAAGACAACCUAGGCAAAAAGCCCUUUUUUAUUACCCCAGACAUGAAUAAGCCGGCAAUUUCGCAAUGAAAAUGGCAAAAUGAUCUGCAGUUUCCGUAGCAUAGAGCUUUCUGAACUCUAAAACAUGAAUUUCCUACCUUUAUGUCACCGCUUAUGUGAAAAUCAUUCGGGAUGUUUAUCGAAAUAACAAAAUACUGUUAUUAGCGAUUAACGGCAACGGGUUCUACACAACGCUGGUGACUACUUUGAAGGACAGUAGCAGGUGCAAACAUGUAACUCUUUUGUACCGGUUGUGAUUAAAUAGUUGCCACUAUUAAAGUUCCAACCCUCGUGAAGUCUUACAUAUGAUUGAAAACAGUCUGACAAAGUUCAGAUAGUUUGUCAAUUCCACUCAUGUGUAUAGUAUGUUGGUAGCACUUCGUCGCCUUCCUGUUAUGCUAUGUAGCAGACUUUAAAGCUGUGCGGAUCAGCGAGGGGUCUCGCUCGUUUUGUCCACGACUGUACAUUAUUGAGCUCACUGACGGAGCAAAUUUUUGGGAUCAUUAUCGUUUUGACCGAUUUAACGCAUCCCACCAAGAUAUUCUUUUCCGUGCCGAUCUCACCACCAGAGUAGCACUUAACACCCAACAUCCUAAUUAUUUUCUAUAAACAGGGUGGACCUAAAACUUUAAUCCCAUUUGUUUCGAUUCUGAUUCAAGAUAUCGAAACUAAUUUUUCGGCAGAUUGUGCAAGAAGAGCAGCAACUAAUCUUGUUUUUUAACUUUCGUAUAAACGGAUUAUAGAAAGAAGCAUGAUUUUUAAUGCAACGAUAUAGCUUUUUAACGGCAUUCGAAACCUACUGAAAACACGCGUACAGCGAUAUACUACUUGAAAGUUGUUGCAGUAAUAUCCUAAAAAUUAUACUAAAGUUAAAGAAUGACGACCUGAAUCGGCUAUUGCUGUGUAAACUCUGCCAAGAAGGCUUCUUAUGCCAAGCUUCGUCGUUAUAUUCAGGAAGAAGAUAGGCCUACGCUACUAAGAUAAAACGUAUUUCUCCUUGGCCCUAUUUUAUUCGACACUGAUACAUUACCAACUACGACUAUUGUAAAAUAAACUAUAUGCUGACACCUAACGUAUCAAAAGGGUCUUAUCGAAAGUAUUUCGAAUGUGUGUAUAUACUUAUGUUUAAGUGAACAGCUUUUGUAGAUAUAUGUCUCUUCUGGUUCUUCCUUGCACACUCCGGUUUCUAUACAGAGUCAGUGUUGUUACAUGACUUUUGACAAUCUUAAUUACAGUUAGUGGCUGGAUUCCCUUCCGGUAGGCACCAAGUCCCCCGUCUGUCUCCUCCUAGAGUAAAUAUCAUUUUCAAGUGUGACAACGUUCUCUAAUUGUUUGUAUAACGUGUAUCUGUGGUAGGACAUUGGUACUAGCCCGCUAUUUGCCUAGUUGGAUGUGAGAAACUGCCCAGAAACUAUAUUCAGCGUGGACAGCUCACCAGCCCUCGUCGUCAGUCCGCUUCAAUUCGAAGCAGGAUUGUCUGCCCGGAUGCAGUGCGUUAAUGCGCGCGGCUACCCUUGCAGGUCUGUGUAUACCCGUAGACAGCCUAAAGGCACAUACUUGCUUCAGUACUUCUGUUGAUACAAAAGUUAAAAUACAAAAGUUGAAAAGUCUUGUCCACACAACCAAAUUACGUGUCUCUCUGUCUACUAACAUUUGCAGAUAAGCUCGUUUCAAUAUCUUAAGACGUUCAUAAAAUAAAAGAUAAUUACAAUCGCUAGCUGCUUCCUGUACAAUUUUCGCUCUUUGCGCCUCCCUCCAGUACCGUGGAAGUUAUUCCCCGAUGUCUUAUUACGUGUCCUAUCAACACAUCCCUUCUAUUAAAUUGUGUUUUCUUUAUAUUCCAGCCCUCGGCAAGUCUGCAAAGAACUUUUUCAAUUAUUUUCUUGUCAGAACACUUACAUAUCAGCAUCUUUUUGUGACACCACAUUUCACAUUCAUCGAUUUUCUUCUUUCAAUCUUUUCCUAGAGUCUACAAUUCACUUCCACAAAACGCUUAGCCGCAGACGUGCAUUCUCGUAGAUUUCGUUCUCAAUGUAAGGCCUAUGUUUGAUACUAAUCGAUUGGCACUGGCGAGGAGAGCUCUCUCUUCGUCAGCUUCGUGUGUCUUCCUUGCUUCGUCCAUACACUAUGAGGUCCUUAAUUUUGACGUUAAGUUUAUUGGUAAUGUCAAUUCUGCUGCUAUUCAAUACUUUACUGUUUCAAUGAUUUACACGCAUCCAUAUUCUGCGCUCAGUGGACUGUGCAGAUCCUGUAAUCCUCGCUCUUUCUCAAAGAAGAUAUCAGCGUCAUCGGCAAAUCUUCUCAUUGUGAUCCUUCCACACUGAGUUUUAAUCCCACUUCUUCUCAGUUUUUGUUUAAUUUCCUUCACAGCUUGUUUGAUACACAGAUUGAAUGUUAGAGGAGGAAGAUUGUAUUCCUGCUUCUAAUCGCGCGCUUCUUUCUUUGUCUCCCAAGUAAUACAGUACGUUAAAGAGCGAAGAGGAGGGCAUACUGCAUACCUCAAGUCCUCUCAAAAUGUAUCUUUCUACACCAAGGAAAGCUCACUGCUCAGUUUUACAACACCAGUUGGUAGCUACACUCCACCAACCACAACCCCCCACGUUCACCAGAAUACUAUCCAUAGCACCCACAUCGAAGUUGUAUUAAAACCGUCCUAUAAGACCAACAUCAAGUGCCUGACCACUUACCCAUAUAAUCUGCUUCUACUCAUCAUCUUACACUAUUCGGUAACACGUGACUCCGCAUUAUUGUUAACAGCACCAUUAUCGACAUUAUCAAUAUUGUCUAAUUAAAACAUUUAUUUCAACCCCUUUUAUUAUUUUAAAUUUAAGUCAUUAAAUGUAGCUGCUGACAGGCAGCGAACCGCACAUAUAUCGGAACAUAUUACACCCCGGUGAGAUCAGUGAAGCUACUCAGUACUUGAGAAAUCACAACUUACAGAUUUCUAUAUAGCUUAUACUGAAAAAGGAUAAGCUUCCUUUAAAUGUCACGUAAUUGUUGGUAGUAAAUUGUAUCAUAUUUUCAGAGAACAUUGAGACACUUCACACGUAUUUUUCAGUGACGUAAACUAAAAAUUGUCGGUUUUUGACUUAUCACUUUUCUUGCUGGCGUUCGAUACGUAUACUUGAAAGAUAAAUACACAGAUGUCGUUCCCAGUCAUUGUUACAAUGUUAACAAAAUUCUUGGACGAUUAAUCUAUCCCUCUCCUUCAGGAUAUGUGAUUGCUGAUGUCCGACGUGUCCGCACAACAAGACUGUGUCCUGUCAGCAGCCAAGCGUCACUGUUUAUAGUCAAUUUUCACCUCUUUUUUUAGAAAUCGCUGAUAAUGCUUGCAUAUAAAAUCGAUUUCAUUGUAGUAAUACAUAUACUACAUUCAUGAACAGCUAUAACCCUUCUUCAGAUAGCACCACUUCUCACAUCUACCCUCUUCAUCAGCCUUACUCUUCAUCAGCCAAAGUCGUCACAUUAGCUAUGCAUAUAUAGCUAUUCACGUUAGGCUUCAUGACAGCAGUCGGUUGGUAUCAAGGGUAACUUUUAUACAUUCAGAGGUAGUUAAUGACAUCUUUGACUACUAAAGGGCUAGAGUUAUUUAGUAGAUAAAAACGAGAAUUCGAGAAUUUGGGUAUUUGAAGAUGACUGAAACUGACUGAAAUCGGUUAAAGACUUAGACGAUUACUAUUUGUCAUUUUACUGGGUAACCCGCUGCACUUUCUCGCAGUAGAGGACAAAAAACUAUUUUAGUGAAUGGCUGAUACUUAUGUGGUUGCAUUGGUUGCAAAUGUAACCAAUAACGCAAUUAAAAUUACCAUCUAGUGGUCAAAAAGUGCUUUUCUGAACCGUAUUUACUUUACUCACACUCUCUAUAAACUAAAAUAAGCAAAAAAUGUAAAUUAGGAACUAACGAGUACAAAGAACACAAAAAACACGAUUCUGUCAAUAGUAGUACGCGUAGUGCAAAGGCAACUGCAGUAAAAGUUUUACUUUAAUUAACAUUUCGCAGUCCGUGCUGAAAAUGUUCGUUAUCGUAAAUGCAAAUAACACUAAAAUCACUUGAUUACUAGACUUACGUGGAGACAGUUUUCCAUUUGCCAACCGGCCCCACCUUCGCUUGUUCCUUAAAACUCGCUUGUCAGCUUGAUGAGAGUCUUUCGGACGAAGUUAUAAGUAUGAAAUCGACAACCCUUCGGAUUCUCUUGGUCGUAGCUAAACAUGAGAAAGUACACUGGUGUUUAGUGGUAUCCAUACGUCGGAUGUGAGGUAGCGGUUGUCUUCUUUCUCAGUAGUAACUGACAGCAUUCAAACACUUUAACUGAUCUUUACAGAAUACAAAAACUAGAUUCAUGAGACAAUGCUCUCAUCGUCAGGUUACCGACUCUAAGCUCAUAUUAUUAAACUCUAACAACUAACGAAAGAGCUACAGGAAAAAAAGAAGAUGGUCACUAUGCCGUGUUAAGGAAAGUCUUGCAAAGGGUAGUGACUAGCUUUAAACGUCACACCGGCAAUGUAGCGUUCCAGCUGAAUAAUUUAGUAAGGCAUAGCCUGAGACAGACUGUCGGUAAGAAGAAGAGCAUGUUUGAAAUAUCAGACAUAUAUAGUCAAAAGUGGGCGUCGUGUAAUUCAGAGUAUGUCGUGUAGGAGGAGAGAACAUUUUCAGUAAUACACAGUGAACACAAAGAUGCUUUCAGGCUGAGGAAUUACGUCCAGUCAGAAAUAGAUAAUCAUGUGUGCGAAACAGACCCCCCAGCAAAGAAAUAGAAGAAAUGUUAGAAAUCUCCAUACAGCAUUAGCUAAACAUGUGUACGAAGCAGGCUAUUACAUAAAGGCAACAGAAGACGAUUUAGAAAUCUAUCACACAGAAAAGAAAGGAAAAAUGUUCGACGCGCUGAAAAAAUUUUAAAUAAUUCAUAUGCGAAAAGAAAUACGAUAACGUUGUUAACGGUACGAGAUUUUUGCGUUUAUUUUAAUGCACAUGUUAUAUAGCUAGAGGUUGACGAUCACAGACUUCACCAUGUUCAGAAGCGUCUUAGUAGAUAAGGGAAGAAAAGGGUACAAGUGGAAUGGCACUGUGAUUCAGUCGGUAACUGCGCGUAUGCAGUGGUAGCUCGGGCAUAGAAGUUGACAGCUAAGCCAGAACUACAGGAGCAGCGUCAACUGGACACGGGACACAGAAUGAAAAGGACACUACCUGAUGAGGGGUGCUGGUGUGUGUUGGGAAUUACUGACAUGAAUAGGUGUGGACUAUUUUAAUGUAAAACAAGGGGUAAUAGUUCAUACUAUUUUAUUUUUUGAACCUCGAAAACUUAUUGUUAGAGCUUUUAGUAUUUUAAUCACAUGAAAUGAGGUCGACAAGGAUGAGAGCAUUGUCCUCGCAACGUGUUGUGUUGUGUGAAGUAGAGUGAAACAGCUUGACUGUCACUGAGUCGCUGAGUGAAUGAUGAGGGCCAUAAAGUGCGUCUUGUGGGCUUUCCCACUUAGCAUCUCGUAGAUUUCACCAUCAUAAUCGCCGUAUGGGAUCUGGCACUGUCCUGAACGGAGACUGCACCCUCAGAAAACAUGACCCAGCACGUAUUUUUGAUUACUAUGCGCAGACGUUCGAGGAUCGUAUGACAAUAAUCGUCGCUAAUGAUAUGCUCAUGCCCAGUGGAUGUGAUGAGUAUAGCCAUCUUGUUUUUAAAGUACUGGGUGAUCAAAAAGUCAGUAUAAAUUUGAAAAACUGAAUAAAUCACGGAAUAAUGUAGAUAUAGAGGUACAAAUUGACACACAUGCUUGGAAUGACUUGGGGUUUUAUGAGAACCAAAAAAAUACAAAAGUUCAAAAAAUGUCCGACAGCUGGCGCUUCAUCUGAUCAGAAUAGCAAUAAUUAACAUAACAAAGUAAGACAAAGCAAAGAUGACGUCAUUUUCAGGAAAUGCUCAAUAUGUCUACCAUCAUUCCUCAACAACAGCUGUAGUCGAGGAAUUAUGUUGUGAAUAGCACUGUAAAGCAUGUCCGGAGUUAUGGUGAGGCAUUGGCGUCGGAUGUUGCCUUUCAGCAUCCCUAGAGAUGACGAUACACUUGUGACUUCAGGUAACCCCAAAGCCUAUAAUGGCACGGACUGAGAUCUUGGGGACCUGGGAGGCCAAGCAUGACGAAAGUGGCGACUGAUCACACGAUUAUCACCAAACGACACGCGGAAAAGCUCUUUCACUCGCCAGCUGUCGGACAUUUUGUGAAUUUUUUUAUUCUAAUAAAACCCCAUGUAAUUCUAAGCAUGUGCGUCAAUUUUUACCCCUCUAUCUACAUUAUUCCGUGGUUUAUUAAGUUUUCAAAUUUAUAUUGACGUUUAGAUCACACUGUAAAUUAUGUCAGUAUCGGUUUUACUCUAAAAUUGAGUUGUUUUAUUUGCUGAGAGGGAGCUAUUUCUCCUUCGCAGCCAAGGUCCCUAGCGCUCGUUUAUGCAGCAGCGUUCGCCUCUGAGUUAAUCUAUUUGCAUUUUGGUUCGAAAGAAACACAAAUAAAACUGAAGGUAAUCUAACUGUGUGCCAUAGUGACAUGCUAAAUUAUAGAGCGAGAGCAUGUGCCAAUGUUGUUAGUGACGCAACCGUGAAGCUUAAUGGCGUCCUUAUAGCCAACAGACUUGUGCUAACUCCGUGGUUCAGCUUUUUCAUUCUUUAUAAUCGGUACAAACACAAGACUUGCGGAUGACACGCACUCAUCAGUCAGACUAAAACAGUUACCUGUAAGAUCUAGAGAGACGAGCCGCCGAAGCUGCGUCAUCUAGAAGGGCUUGUACCGAAGAAAUCAGCAAUAUGAAAUAGCAAAAAUAAUUAUCAGUUGAAAUACAGUAAUAACAUUAACCAGUCACUUUCAAUUAUCUUUAUACUACACGAUUAGGAAGUCUUUAUUUCCAUCAUCAGUUAGAUUUAUUUAAUUUAACAAUACGUAGACGCUCAGCAUUUACGAUUUUUCGGGGCAACCCAUGGCACUGUCUGACAGUAGAGGACAAAAAACUGUUUUAGUACAUGACUCAAAGUUGUAUUGAUGUAUAGGUUGCGAAUGUAGCCAAUAAUACAAUUAUAAGUACCAGUAGUGGUCGCAACUGCUUUUCUGAAUUGUAUUUCCCUCACGGACACUCUCUAUAACAGAAAAUAAGCAGAAAUUGUAGAUUAAGAACUAACGAGUCCAAAGAACAUAAAAAACACGAUUCUGCCAACAGUAGUGAAUAGAAACUAUUGUUUAUCUCUCUUCUUAUCGAUGUGUGUGUGUGUGUGUGUGUGUGUGUGUGUGUGUGUGUGUGUGCGUGUGUGUGGGUGGGUGGGUGUGUGUCAGACGCUGCCAUAGGUUGCCCGGAAAAAUCGUAUGUAUGAACGUAUACAUGAUGUUAAUAAGAGUAAAUCCAUCUGAUAAUAGAGGUACGGUUCUCCGAAAACGCGGACUGAAUAGAUUAACAAAUGUGACAUUAUAGUUAGUUGUUUAUUUCAUAACUAAUAGCUUAGCCUAACCCAAAAUUUUUACGUUUAUACAUAAAAAUAAUAGUAAAAAUUUGUUUGACGGUGACGAUUGUAUACCAUACUCACCAUUCUUUUCUGUCUCUAAUAGCGUCACCGAGGAACGUUAGAAGUUGAUAUAGCUUUCGUUCCUUUUAUCAUCACUGUGUUGCAUGACAGCGACAUGCAGCAGUUCCAUUGUUAGUGCCCAGAGAGAUAGCACAACCUACGUUCCAGCACGACACAUACAGGUAUAAGUUGGCUCACUUUCAGUUGACCCGUACGUACAAAUUGCAGCCACUAAGACACAGUCUUAUGGAUUCCCGUUAAUGUCUCUGUCAAUAAACUUCUGUGUUGCCCGAUAUCUUAACCCCGUUUUGUGCAUAGGGCAGAACGGUAGCGGAGGCAGUUCAAAUACCUCUGUUUUCUCGUAACUCGUAAGAUUACAAUCAUCUCAGCAUACUUUGUUAUUACUGUAGUCGUUGUUGAGAAACUGUUUUCUUCUAUUAAAGAGCUAGCUAGAGAUGCAUUUAACUGUGAAUACAAAUUAUGCAGUACACAUUAUAUUGGAAACUCGGCACUGUAGCUGAUACCGCAUAUCAAAUAUUCCUGGCUACCCUAUUCCAUUAUUCUACUGUAUUUCAUGUGAAACAGAUUUUUAUAUCAUUGCUUGUACUUUUCAUAAUGUGCCGUGUACUUGCGAUACACUAUCCCAAUCGAAAAUAAUUCUCGUAUAUUUAAUUACAUGAAAGUUGUAGAUAUUGUUCAAAUAAAUAUGUCGAUGGAAAAAAACAAA